CCUUCGAACCGGGCAUCAACGAGGUUUCUCCUUGGAAAUUGCCAAAAACGACGGGUGCGCUUUUCUCCUCUUUGAAAAUGUUCUGAGCCACUCUCUUCUCCCUUCCUAGCCGUUUUCUUGGCGACCCACUGGGAAUUUCUGGAUGGAUCCGGGCAACCGGGAGGCCCCGCGUCUCUCUUUAGGAUGAGGCGCAAACCGAGACGAGGCGGGCGCUUCUCUGCCCAGGAAGCCGGCGCUUCAGCCCCGAUUUGGAGAGGGCGAGAGCCUUGUUGAGCGGCGAAGCCAAGAGAGGAGGAAUCGCCUCCUGGGGGUCGGUUCGAACCCAGUCGGGCGGGCCAUGGCGCUGAGUUCGAGAGCCCACGCUUUCUCCGUGGACGUGUUAGUGGGCAAUUCCGCCAAGCGUAAAAUGCUGGAUAUGGAAAAAGAGGAGAGCGCGUUUCCCGAGAAGGAGAUGGAGAAGGCUGCGGUCAGGAAAAGCCAGGCGUUUGAUAAGAAGUCGAAAGGAGAAGUGUCGGCUCCUCUCUUGGGGGACAGCAAAGAGCCAGGCGGGGCCAUUCAAGUCGACCUACAGGGCUCGGAGCUCUGGAAGCGAUUCCACGAAAUCGGCACAGAAAUGAUCAUCACCAAGGCCGGCAGAAGGAUGUUCCCAUCCGUCAGAGUGAAAGUGAAAGGCUUGGAUCCCUUGAGACAAUAUUACAUCGCCAUAGACGUCAUACCCGUCGACUCGAAAAGAUACAGGUACGUCUAUCACAGCUCUCAGUGGAUGGUGGCUGGGAACACAGACCAUUCCUGCAUCACCCCUCGGCUUUACAUCCACCCAGAUUCCCCUUGCUCUGGGGAGACCUGGAUGAGGCAGAUCAUCAGCUUUGAUCGGGUGAAACUGACCAACAACGAGAUGGACGACAAAGGGCAUGUACGUAUUAUUCUGCAGUCUAUGCACAAGUACAAGCCCCGGGUCCAUGUCAUCAUCCAGGAUUCUCGAUUUGAUCUAUCACAGAUCCAGUCUUUACCAGCAGCCGGAGUUCAUACCUUCUCUUUCAAAGAGACGGAAUUCACCACUGUCACAGCCUAUCAAAACCAGCAAAUAACAAAACUGAAGAUCGACCGGAAUCCCUUUGCUAAAGGCUUCAGAGACCCCGGAAGAAACCGAGGUGUUCUGGAUGGACUUCUGGAAUCCUACUCAUGGCGACCGUCAUUUACUCUGGAUUUUAAGUCCUUUGGUGCAGAAAGCCAAGGUGUAAGUCCUGGAUCUUCCCCCGUGAUACCCUCUGGGGGUACCCCAUCCCUGUUUCCCCCUUCUUGUUCUCCUCCGACCUUCCAGCUGACAGCGGCCAGCCUGGGCAUGUCGUGCCCCGAUUCUUACUUCCACCCUCUUGGUCUACCCAUCUGCUAUAAGAUUUGUCCAGCCGGCCUUUUGAGGCAACAGCCCCUGGCGUUCCCAACCCACCACAAGCUGGCCAGUACUACCAGUCCUCCAGUUUUGCCUCACUUCAUGGUGGAGGUUCCUGCUUUGUCUUCUCUGAGCAUCACCAACGUCAAGAGCAGCAAAGUGGAAGAGUUGAACAGAUCCGGCUCUCAGGGGCCGAAUUCUGUAAGCCACAUGCUGUAUGGCUUACAUGCAUCUGGAAACAUUUUCCCCUCCGGUCCUGUGACCCCAGAAGCGCUCCAUUGUUCUCUACAUCCUCCACACAGUCUCUACGGUUACAAUUUCUCGGUACCUUCUAGACUAAUGAAUUCAGCCGGCCAUUUCAAAGCAAACCAUGGGGUCCCGUCCCCUCUCCGAGAGAGCAGGUGCAGCCAUGCCUCUUGGCCACCCACAAUCGACGACUGCCUCUAAUCAGCUUGCUACAAGCAGCAGCAGCAGCACACGAAAGCCUGCGCCCCAAUCUGCUUUUGACUUCCCACCCAAGACUGAUGGGUGGUUGACUAAGGAAUCCUUCCUUACAGGGUGGGCUGGGCAAAAAAAAAAGAGCUUCUCUGAAAAUCACGUCAGCGAAGCAGAAGGAUGGACGCCACCGGUGUCGUAGACAGGGAUAUUCACAAGUCUUUGGUGCCAAGUCAUGAGUCCCAAAACCCGAAGUCUGAGUCCCUGUUAAAAACGAACUCUUUUCCGCAGAAGAAAUGGAGAGAUGGGUGGGUUCCAAGUCAUAAGUUGAGUCUGAGCCUUUGAAAAAAAAAACCAAGUCCUGACUCGAAUCCAAGUCAAGUCAAGUCUGACUUGACAGUGAGUCCUGUGACCUGAGUCCCCUUCGCUGGUAGCAAUCCCCCCUCCACCUUACAGCUCCCCCGUGUGACCCUCAAAAUCUGCUUUGGAGGUCCUCUAGAGCGGUGGUCUCCCACCUUGGGCCUCCAGAUGUUCUUGGACUUCAACUCCCAGAAAU